UUCGGCAGCUUUGCACAGGGAGAGGACCGCAUCUUGAAUAGCAGUGAGCUGCCUUAAACAUACAAAUAUUUAUUCGGACAUUAUCAAUAUUGCUUGGUAUUUAGAUCAAAGAGAAGGUCAACGCAAAGGAAUGUUUGGAACUGGGUUUGUCACCUCAAUUGGAAAUCAGAGUCUAUAAUCGGGAGGACAGACGUUUGCGAGAGGCUGUAGACAGACAUCGCCGGAGAAAGUGUAUGCCAAACGGGCUAAGGAUUUAAUAGCACCUCUUAUUUCUCACACCUGCAUUUGUUUCAAAGUAUUGGAAUCUGCACGGUUACUCUGUGCUACAGACAACGUUGAAACAUUUUGUUUAGUGGACAAAUUCAGAUUGAUUGAUUAGACUAAAUAGGUGAACCACUUUGACCUAUAUGCGUAAUUGCUUUGGGGAAUCAUUCGCAUCCAUCUAUUCUUUUGGAUUGAGAAUUUCGUUUUGUGACGUCUUUUUGGAAAUAUUCUCGGGGAAACGAGGAGAAGAAAUGACACGAUAGCGUAUCAUUUUACAGGCUAGUUUCGGAGGGCGAAAGGUUGAGUAUAAUAUGCGUUAGGUGAGACCACAGUUUAACGGGAGAGACUGACACGCAACACUCCUGGAUUUGUCAACCUGUUAUUUCCCAGGGUUUGAAUUCACGGUCAUUCAGCCCAGGAAACGAAACGCAUCAGUUACAAUAAUAUUGUUCAUUGACGGAAAGAGCAAUUAAUUUAACCAUUGGGUUUUCCAGUUUGGACUCUGAUUCACUGUCUGAAAAUGUGCAUGACACUGAAAGGGGGAGAAUAAACUGUAUUGCUGUUGAUCAACAACGGGUGGUUUUUGGAUUUUGGAGAGCUAAAUGAAACCGAUCUGAUUUAUCUCUGGACCGCAACGCUCUGAAGCAGACUACUCAUCGCCAGCUAACCUGCAUGGAGUUCUAAUCUGCACUACGAAACAAUUUAUGGUUGGCCUUGGCAGUCCCCCAGUUGUAGUUGUCUGCCCGCCCCCCUGCCAUGCUGGCCUGCCUGCAGAGGAGGCAGAACCCUCCAAUCCCAUCCUCCCAGUACCCCUUGUGCGUCAGCAAGGCCCUGGAGCCACCUCAAGCCCUCAGCCGAAAAUGUGAGCUGGUGGUUCCCAUGCAUUCUCCCCGCUACCCCAGUGUGGCUGAGCUGGAUGCCUACGCCCAGAAGAUGCAGAGCAGCCCGCUGUCCAUCAAGAUCUUCCCCACCAACAUCAGGGUCCCCCAGCACAAGCACCUUAACCGGACUGUGAAUGGCUUUGACACCACAGGUAGCCAGCGCUACAGCCCCUACCCACACCUCCACACCGGCGGCUACACAGGACUCCUGGCCAUUGUCAAUGCCUCCUCACCCUCCCCCUUUGGCCCCACUAAGGGCAUCAUCAAGAACUCGGAAGGCAGACGGACUAAGCUCUCCCCAGCCCAUAUAGCUGUGGCCCCGUACCCGCCCCCUAGCAGUAGCACUUUAGCCAAUGGCCACGGCCAGAUGGUGUACCACACGGGGUCCUCGAAGCCCCCUGAAGCCCCUGCCCUCUCCCACUCGGUGCCCCCUAACGUCACUGUGGCCGGCUCUAUGAUCCCUGUGACAGGGGGGCGAGGCCUGGCCCAGCCCCUCUCCCAGUCCAAUCUUCCCUCCAUCCAGAGCAUCAUCUAUCAGAUAAACCAGCACUGCCAGGCCCAGGCUCUGCAGCAAGUGUGCCAGGGGGCCACCUCCUCCACCGCACCUUCCACCAACCCCAGCCCCUCCAAGCAGGGUGCGGGGGGUGUCAUGGGCAUCUCCUCUGGCUCCUCAGGGGGUGGCUAUGUGGGCAGCAUUGCGCCCCAGCCUAACUUGGUGUACACAGGAGCGGGGCUGCCGCUGGCGGCCCACAGUGGCGAGGCCAUGAAGGCCGGGGUGUACUCGGACAGUAUGGACUACAUCCUAUGGCAGAAACAGCAGCAGCAACAACAACAGGCUGUGCUUCGCAUGUACAGUGGGGGCAGUGGGGGAGGAGGGGCCAUCAGUAAGUCCCCUGAAAGCUGUGGUGCCCCGGGGGGAGGGGGGAUUAUGGCCAAGGCCCAGGUGUUAUCGUCGUCCUCCUCCUCCUCCUCCAGACCCUACCACCUGACGGGGGGCGUUGGCAGCGGGGGGUGCCUGGACAAGGUCAGCUCCUCCCCUCUGAACUGCAUGGGGAUGCAUGGCAACUUCUCUGUGGGCCAGUACUUUGCCCCGCCCUGGAACAGCGUGCUGGUCACCCCUGACAGUGACUGUUACAACCCCCACCAGGAGCUCCUGAGGACCACCACAGGAGGACCAGCUACGGGGGGCCACAGGGAGAUGGGCUACCACCACCACCCCCACCACCAUCACCACUACCCCGCCAUGGACAGCGGGAGUGGGGGAGGCCUGUGCUGCAGCCUGCCCAGUAAGAGCCAGCUGUGCAACACAUCGGUGCUGAGCAGCAGCCUGCAGUCUCUGGAGUACCUGGUCAACGACAUCCACCCACCCUGCAUUAAAGAGCAGAUGCUGGGCAAAGGCUACGAGACUGUGUCGGUGCCAAGGCUGUUGGACCACCAGCAUGCCCACAUCCGCCUCCCGAUUUACAGAUAGAGUGGGGGAUAAGAGCGCGAGUGCCAGAGCUCAAGAAUUAAUGAAUGAUGCGAAAUCUGGAUUAAAGGUGAGGGACAGAGAAGAUCUUGACUUCCUGGGGAUGUACAAGUCUGUUGAGACUGGCACUGCUUGAAGCAGCUCGGGGGCUCCAGGGAGGGAAGCGAUGGUGUUAGACUGGAUCCUGUGUUGGAUGACAGGCUGGGGGGGUUCUCCCUCUCAGCCCAGAGGGAUUAUUUAUCAGUGGGGGAGAAAAUGGAUUUCAGUGGUUUUGGUUUUUAGAAGAUUCUCCAGAUGUUCCGUGGUUUAGUUUGCCAACUGGAAUUUGGGGCUGUUUUUUUUUCUUGUUUUGUUGUUGAGUUGACUAAACUUUUUCCUGAGAAUCAUAGCUUGAUAUGAAGUGCAUACAGCCACCUCUGUUCCCCCAUCCAAAUAGAAAGCCAGUGGGGUGCUGUAGUCACAUAGAAGGACCCAAAGGGCCAAGGUGUAGGGCUGCUUUCUAAACUCCAAAAGAAUAGGCACACACAUACAAACACACACACACAUACAUUUGCACACAAACACACACACAAACACGCACGCACACAAACACGCACGCACACACACAAACACGCACGCACACACACAAACACGCACGCACGCACACAAACACGCACGCACACACACAAACACGCACGCACACACACAAACACGCACGCACGCACACAAACACGCACGCACGCACACAAACACGCACGCACGCACACAAACGCACGCACGCACGCACACAAACAUGCACGCACACACACAAACACGCACGCACGCACACAAACACGCAUGCACGCACACAAACACGCACACACAAACACGCACAUACAAACACGCACACACAAACACGCACGCACACAAACACGCACGCACACAAACACGCACGCACACAAACGCACGCACACACACACGCACGCACACAAACACGCACGCACACAAACACGCACGCACACAAACACGCACGCACACAAACACGCACACAAACACGCACGCACACAAACACGCACGCACGCACGCACACAAACACGCACGCACACACGCACACAAACACGCACUCACACACGCACACAAACACGCACGCACACAAAAAGCACAAACACGCACGCACACAAAAAGCACGCACACACACACAAGCAAGCACGCACACACACACAAGCACGCACACAAACACGCACACAAACACGCACGCACACACACAAACACGCACGCACGCACGCACACAAACACGCACGCACGCACACAAACGCACGCGCGCAAACACGCACGCACGCACACAAACACGCACGCAAACACGCACGCAUGCACACACACACACAAAUACGCACACACAAACACGCACGCACGCACACAAACACACACGCGCGCACAGACACGCACAGACACGCACAGACACGCACGCAAGCAAACAAACAAACAAACAACAACCACGCACGCAAACAAACAAACAAACACGCAAACAAACACGCAAACAAACACGCAAACAAACACGCAAACAAACACGCAAACAAACAAACACACAAACAAACACACAAACAAGCACACAAAUGCACACACGCACAAACGCACACGCACAAACGCACACGCACACGCACACACACACACACACAAACGCACACACACACGCACACGCACAAACGCAUACACACCUAUAUGCAUACACACCUAUAUGCAUACACACCUAUAUGCAUACACACCUAUAUGCAUACACACCUAUAUGCAUACACACACAUACACAAUAUACUAAGAAGAAAAAUAAAAACAUGGAAUCAGUACUUUGGUAUGAUGUGCAAGAAUCACAAUAUUGAAUGAAAAAUAUAUUACAAUAUUAGUAAUUAUUGUUAUAAUUGAUACUAUAAAUUGCACUGCUUGGAGUUUAAAAACAUUGUUAACUUUGGAGGUUGGAAAUGGGUAGUUUGGAAAUGAUAUGUUGAAGAAACUUAAACUUGAAACUACUUUUGUUGUUUUCUAUAUUUGUGGGUAUAUUAUAUGCAUUGGCUGCUAUGGGGGAAAGUGUCUCAACGCUUUUUAUUGUUUCAUGUGGGGUUUAUUGGUUUAUUUUGUUAUUCCUCCUCAAACUGACGUGCAGUUUCUGAUGUUCUGGUGUAAGGCAUAGUGGCUGGCCAGAGUGCUCUCUUCUCUAACCAACACUGGAAUCUACAGUAUAUCUUCAAAACAAAACAUUUUUGCAAAAAAAAGAUUAGAAAAAUGUCACUAUUGAAGAUUAUGAUUGAGAGGUUGUCCACUAUGACCUCGUGUGUGUGUGUUAGUUUAUUUUUGUCCCCUAGACCCCCCCCCCCCCCAACAAAGAAACCCCCAGUUUAGGAAUCUGAAAAUGAGGCUGAAUCAGCUUUUUCCUAUGAGAGGGCUUUUUACUUAAUUCAGCUAAAAUGCUAUUCCUCUCUUGCCUAACUUUUAUAAGUAAGUAUGGUAGAAGUGGGAUAUUCCUUUCACUUUUGGGACGUAUCAUAUAGAAGGAGUGUGAGCCGGGACCAAAGGAGUCUGUCCAGGGUACACCGAUGUGCCCCAUACCCCGAAAAACAAGAACAAAGUGAAACAAUCAUGCCCUGUCCUCUCAGGUGAUGUGAGGUGAGACAAGGUUCACUGCUUUUUCCUAGUACGUUUCAGCCCAUGGUUGAGAUGAGUUGAGCCCGGGUCAUUCAUUGACUUUAGGAUUCAGAACAUUUAAAUAUUUAUUAUGUCUAUGAGUUUCCCUUGAAUGUGCUGCACUUAAAUUACUGAGAUGUCUAAUGCCUUUUGGGACUCGAGUGAACCCGAGAAAAAAGACAAAUAGGAUCAGUGCAGCAGUGAAGCAGUCCUCUGGGUCCAAAUUAGCAUUUCCUUUGUCAGUCAAAUUUCACUGGUAAAUUGAAUUUAUUAACUGGAGAGAGAGCUGGGCUUUGUCACGGGGAAAUGCUGGCAACAGUGGAGAUUUAUAAAGUGCAAUUAUUAUGACUGUAUUAACGUUUCUCUGAGCUUACACCAAAAAAUGUAAACUACAGUUGUGAAUACAUUCCCAAUGUUCCCCGAUCCCCAUCCUUUUCUGUUUUCAGGUGUAAAAUAAAUCUCAUUUGAGAAUAUAUUCAGAAGCCAAA